AUGUGGACAUUGAUAUGGUACACAAGUAUUCUCGCUAUUUUGGUGGCUGACAUAAGAACGCGUGCACUACAAAAUAUAGAUAUAGCGCCGCAGAGGUGUUACGAGUGUGUAAAUGCCAACAGUACGACAUUGUGUACUUUAGAAAAAGCCUCUGUUUUAUGUCCAGCCCAAGAACCGUAUUGUGGAACAGUAGCCGUCGGACCAAAUUUUACUUCGUUGCUCAAAUGUUUACCCGCUUUCAAGAAUACUUGUUCUAUAAAACUUACUACAAACGGAACCUUACAAAUGUCAUGUGUAUGUAUUAAACAACUUUGCAAUGCGCCUUUCUCAGAAAAGCUUCGGAAUGAACUGUUACAAUUCGAAAAGGAAAAAUCAUUAGAAAACAGCAGUGACCUAACAAGUACCUUUCUUAAAUCUCUCAAACUAGAAAAUGUUACAGAUCUAUACAAAACGAUUACGUUCAAUACACAAAAAGAAAAAAAGAUAUCAAUGAAUAAUAAUUCAACGCCACCAUCUGUUUUAAAAUUAACAAAACUACAGUUAGUGAAUUUUAACAAUUCAAUCGAAAUCGAUGCGCCACAUGCAGAGCACUUGAAACAUGAAGCGACGGUGCCUCCAGACGAUGAUGAGGAUGAAAGUGAAGGAAGUGGAUCAUACGAGGAUCCUAGAUCACAAAAACAUCCACCAUCUGCCCCAGCUGCACCUAGUUCAUAUCUGCCAGCAGAGGAGAAUAAAGCAUCUUUAUUUUUUAUAAACGGUUUAGCUGUAGUAGUAACUUUAAUAAGUUGUAUUAUCCUUUAG